UCUUACUUACGCAGAGCGAUUUUUAACGAUGCAAUUUUUCUGCGAGUGAAACUUUUUUUUAAGUAUUUUACGGCAAUCACGGAAUUCGCCAAUAGAAGACGCAAAGCAUAUGCCAUGUUUCUUGAGGAGGUCUACCGCAUGAUGGCAUCUGGAGUGACUGUAGUCCUCUGUUGCUUCACUCUGCUCUUGCUGGCUCUCCAUAGUUGGCGGAGAGGACCAAGCUGCUCCUUGCCCCCGGGUCCCAGACCCUGGCCUCUAAUAGGCAACCUUCUCCAGCUGGGAGAACAGAUCCAUUUGUCCCUAACCAACCUGAGGUCUCAGUACGGAGAUGUGUUCCAGAUGAAGAUGGGUUCUCUUGUAGUGGUGGUUUUGAGUGGCUAUUCCACAAUCAAGGAGGCUCUGGUACGGCAAGGAGAGGCGUUUGCUGGGCGGCCUGAUCUUUUCACCUUCUCUGCAGUUGCUAAUGGCACCAGUAUGACGUUUAGUGAGAAGUAUGGUGAAGCUUGGUUACUUCACAAAAAGAUCUGCAGAAAUGCCCUGAGGAACUUCUCUCAAGCUGAAGCCCGGGACUCAAGUGCAUCUUGUCUCCUGGAGCAGUGUAUAUGUACAGAGGCGGUGGAGAUGGUCGAGGCUCUGAAGGUUCAGGGAGAUGAGGCUGGAGAUGGAGGGCUCGACCCUGUCAAGCUGCUGGUGACCUCGGUUGCCAAUGUGGUUUGCACACUGUGCUUUGGGAAGCGAUAUGCACAUAAUGAUAAAGAGUUCCUCACCAUCGUCCACAUCAAUAACGAAGUGCUGCGCAUCUUUGCUGCUGGAAAUCUGGCAGACUUUUUCCCCAUCUUCCGCUACCUGCCCAGUCCAUCUCUCAGAAAGAUGGUCCAAUACAUUGACAGGAUGAACAACUUUAUGGAGCGCAACAUCAAGGAACAUCUCAUCACUUUUGAUAGGAACUGUAUCCGGGACAUCACUGAUGCUCUGAUUGCGAUGAGUGAGGACAGACAGGAGGACGGGGAAAAAGCCAUGCUCAGCAACUCACAGAUCGUGCACAGUGUCAUUGACAUCUUUGGAGCUGGUUUUGACACUAUCAUCACAGGUUUACACUGGAGCCUUUUAUAUCUAAUCAAGUUUCCAGACAUUCAGGCUAAACUCUUCAGGGAGAUUGAUUACCAGGUUGGGAUGAACAGACUACCGCAGUUUAAAGACAAGCCAAAUAUGCCAUACACUGAAGCAUUCAUAUAUGAGGUGUUCCGCCAUGCAUCCUACAUGCCUUUCACUAUACCUCACUGCACAACUGAAAACAUUACACUCAAUGGAUACUUCAUUCCCAAAGACACAUGUGUGUUCAUCAACCAAUAUCAAGUCAAUCACGACAUGGAGAUUUGGGGUGAUGCAGAGUCCUUCAGACCAGAGCGGUUCCUCACUCAGUCUGGUCACCUAAAUAAAAACCUAACUGAGAAGGUAAUGAUAUUUGGAAUGGGAAUACGCCGUUGCCUUGGUGACAGCUUCGCCCGACUGGAGAUGUUUGUGUUCCUAACCACUCUGCUCCACUGUCUGCACAUAGAGAAUGUUCCGGGGCAGGAGCUUGAUCUGAGCUCCACAUUCGGGCUCACCAUGAAGCCCAAAUUGUUCCGAAUAAAAAUCUCACCUCGUAACUAAACAUUUCCGACUGUUACAUUAUAUGGCCACAAAGCAAGCGCAUAUUACACAAUACCACAGAGUCUUUGCUGAAGUCCUAGCACAAAGCUAAUGAUGGGAAUCGCUGGACUGAUAAGCUAAUUAGCCCCUCGACAGUAAUAAUUUCUCAUGGGAUCUUAUCUCUACCUCUAUUUUACUAUAAUAAAUUGAUUAAAGUUUGCUGCAGUAAAUACUGUACAUGCCUUGAAUCAUGCAAGAGUUCUGUUGUCACAACUUUUUGUUAAAUCAGUCUUGUUGUAGAGCAUUCUGGCUGCAGACAUGCACUCCCAGUCUCACAUGCAGUCUAAUUAAUUAUAUAAUAAUAAUAAAAAAAACAGACAUAUGGUUAUAAUCAGAAAUCUCAUUUUCUACACAUUUUUAUGUGAUAAGUGUUAAAAAUGUAUACAACAUUAUCCUUGCAGCUUAUUACCUGUUCCUUGACACAGAGUGCAUGUGAGCUGAGAGUGUAUCAGCAUGUUAUAACAUAAUUGUAACAUAUUUAUAUACUUGAAUGUAUGCUGUUGCACAUAUUUUUCAGUAUGUCUAUGCAAAAUUAGUGCUAAUGCAGGCACAACAAAUGUAAGGAGAGUUUAAGUCAUCUUAGCUUGAACUUUUUCAAGCUUUGAACUUGAAGUUCUGCCUGUUGAAUAGCUGCUUUUGUGUUAGAAAAUAAGUAUGCCUUUUAAAAGUGCAAGAGACAGAGAGAGAUAGAGCUUGUUUUAUAUAU